AUGUGUAAAGAUGAAAACAUGGCAAAAACAAUUAUAUUUCAUCUGUUACUGAUAUCGAAGAGUAAAAGGUGUGGGAAUCUGCCAUCCGGUGAAAUUUCUAGAUGUUCGACCAGUAAAAAAUAUUUGAAAUCAUUAUUGGAUCCCAAUACUGCCUACGAUACUGCAUACGAUAUGGAAGAAACUGGAGAUAUCGAUAGUGGAGAUAUUGAUACUGAAAGUAUUCUCUUCAAUGACAAUGAAGAAGUUGAAAAUAUUUGGCUUCGUUGGGGUUCACAAAUUGAUGAAGAAGUCAAAAACGUCGUCAACCAGGAAAAUGCAGAUGAUGAUAAUGCUCAUUUUCUCCCACAAUUUUCUGAAAAGUUAUUGAAAAGUUUGCGAUGGUUUCCAUUGUGGUCCAACAUUUAUCACAGCAAAUUCAAAUCUGCAAGAGUUCCAGCUUCCAGUGCUCCGGUAGAGGGAGAGUUCAACAUUGUAAAGAAUCAUGUUUUCAAAAUGUUUCCGAAGCCUAUCCGACCCGAUGUGUUUGUAGAAAAAUAUUCGGAAUACAUGAAAGGGAAAUGUAAAAUUAUAGAUGCUGAACUUACAGAAAUAAUGGAUGUGGAUGUAGUGACUGGAGAAUAUGAUCCAGAUGAAACAUCGGGGAGGACUUUUGAAGCUAUAAAAGCGAUCCAGGAAGUAGAAGAUUGGGGUGGAUUGGCGACAGCAGUCAAAAGUCGUGGUUCAAGAUACCUUACCAAGAAUUACGAUCUAUUUCAGGCUACAAAUGAAAACAAAAAAUUACAGAAAAUUCCAAUUAUGAAGAAUGGUAAUAUAUCGAGCUUACAAGCAAUAAAAUUCAAGAAAGAAGAAUUCUCUUUUGGCAAUACGUGUGCUUUUGAUAGUUUAUUGCAGAUUUUCCUAGUAGGAGUUUUUGACCACCCCCAACUUAGAGAAGUAUUGCUAAGAUUACAAAAAGAUAUGAAAUUUGCAGAGCUGGUUCUAUACAUUUCGAACAAUGGAAUCAACCAACAUGCAUACAGGUUGAGAGGUGAAAUAUUGAAGGAGAUUUAUAAAGAAUCGACAAAUGUUCUCCUGGAAAAUCAUUAUUUGGUUAACUGCGAAUCAAAUAUAAUCACCGUUGUAACAAAUAUAUUUGGAAAUCUUCCAAGCAUCCAGGAAGCGUCAACAUGUGAUCAAGGCUGUCCUAUAAGGAACAAAAACUUGAGGUUUAUAUGUAUAGAGCCGUUACUUCUUGGAUCAUAUUCAUUCAAAAACCUCCUUACAGAAUAUUUCAUGUUGAAAGGACCACGUGAAUGCCUGAAGGAAGGGUGUUCGGGAACCGAAUACACAAGAAUAAUCAAUACAGGUGACAUAAUUUUCAUCGAACCAAUAGAUUAUGGUGAAGAAACGUCCUCAGUUCUGCUUGAAGAACUAAAAAAAAAUUUCAACAACCCUUUGGAGGAAGAAACUGAGUUUGUAUUUCUGGGAUUAGUUGACUUCAAACAACCACAUUCAUUAACAAGAAGAUCAAAUGAAACAAUCGGUCAUUACACUGCAAUAACAGCAAGACAUACCACUUGGGUUGAAUACAACGAUUUAAGUGAGAAGGAAAGAAGAAUGAAUCAUAGAUACAAGAGCCAUCCUCAUCUUCUGAUAUUUUAUAAGAUAAAGAAAUGA